CUCAUCUCAAGCAGAGAAAUCUGUGAAGCUUGCAUAUUAUUUAGACAUGCAUACACUUAACAAAACUCCGGAAGAAAAUGGUUAAGUCAUGACUGGCAUAGUGGCAUUGCCUCCAACCAUCUAAUACCAACUGGCAUACUUAAGUGAGAAGUAAAUUGAUUUCAAACAUACAAAAUGCAUUCAUUUGAUCAUACUACUAAUUUCCCAAAUGUCAUUUCUGAUUUAAAGUCUUUAAAUCAAGCAUGGUGUACUGCAAAUUUAUUGAAACAGAGGAGGAAAAGUUUAUAUGUUUAUCAAAUGAUAGAUAAAUGGAUGCAAAGAUGGUUAAAAAGCGAAGUAUGUAAUGAGAUAAAUUUGAAAAAAUCAUAUCAAGAGCGUAGAAUAAAAGAGUUACCUGAUGAUGACGAAUUUAAAAUAAAAGUGAUUAAAAAAGGGAGAAAAUCAGCACAAGGCAGAGCUUUAAGUGCAAAUGCUCCGUUACCCUUAAAACAACAGAAAAGAAAAGAAAAAUUAAUACGCAAGGCUCUAGAAUCGUUGCCUAACAUCGUUGUUAGUCAGGAUACUGUAACUCCAAGUGACGGAAUCUCUUCAACUAGUACUAGCCUAAAUCAGUUGUCCACUAGCAUAUUUACUGACAAUAAUGAGAAAUUUAGUGGUGUAAAUUAUAAAAACCUUGAGAAAUAUAAAGAAAUCUUUGGAUACGUCAAAAAACACUCACCAUCAUCAAGUGAUCAUCCGGAAGAGAAUGUAGGUCCCUUCGAUUCAAACGAAGUCUUCAGUUUCCGUACUAAAACAUCAUUGUCGGACAGCUCAAUGCAAUCAGUCGACAGAAAAAUAUCUAAUACACCCGAGAAAUCUGAAACAAAUAUAUUAAAUAAUACAAGAGAUGCAGGUAGUUGGGCUAGUCGACAAAUUCGUAUACACAGUUUUGAAACAAAUCAAAGUGAGUCAUCGCAAACGACUACCUCUGGAAAACGUACUGUAAUAACCAUUAAAAGGACGCGCUUCUUUCUACCAUCACAAAAUGAUAAUAGUUUAACGAGUCCUAUAAAACAUCAACAUCCCCUAAAAUCAAACACUAAUGUAACAGUAUGUCCUGGAAAUGAUUCAUCGUCGAUGACUGAUAGUCAAAAAUACGUCAGUAACUCAGUGUCAACCAAAAUGUUGCCUCUAUCAAACAAUGAAAUUAGCUGUAUUUUUGACAGCAGUAGCCGUAUUAAUAAAUACAAUGAUUUAGAAAUUUUAAAAGGUACCAAAUUAGGUAGGGAUGAACUGAGGCAUCAUGAACUACAACAUGAUAUCCAGAGGUCAGUACAAAAGUGUUCAUAUAAUACAAAGGCUCUCUGUCAUGGUGAAAAUUCAGAUAACAUUAGUGACAGUAUAACUAAAGUAAGUAAAAAGUCCUGUAGAAAUAAAGCUUUAAAAAACAUUAACUCUUCUGAGAAAAGUACUCAUUUACUAUGGUCAGAUAAUAGCCUGUUGGGUGAUAGCUAUGACACACAAGAUCCCAAAACUAUUACUGACAAAACAAAUAGAAUUACAACGUCAUCACCGGUUUUACAAACCGCACAAGUAGGAUUUACCAAAGCUUUUAGUACAUCGCCUACAAACUUCUCAUAUGCAACUGAAAAUUGUACCAAAAAACAGAUAUUUAAACAAAAUAACGAUGCAGCUCUCAAAAGACUGUAUGAAAAAUUAACAAGAGUACGAAAACGGUACUGGUCUCGUUUAAGAGAAUCUCCAAUAAAUUUCAGAAAAUACACUUGUCGAAACGUGCCUAGUAGUCGGUGUAAUCUCCCAUCAUACUCGCAAGAUAGAAAUUCAAUGAAAUCUACAGUACUGUCUCAUAAUAAUAAUAAAGUGAGUGGCUUAUAUAAGUCGAUGUCGCCACCCAGAAAAGUCAAAAAGUCCCAGUACAAUAACAAUAGCUUUGACAAUACUAACUCAGAAAAAUCAAAGGGGACAUGUACUGCCGAAAGCGCUACUCUAGGUCAUCAGACAAACAGCAUGUCAUCGACAUCACUAGAUGGACAAUGUCUUUCAAACCCAAAAAACAUUUCAGAACAAAACAGUGAGAAAUUAAAUGAUCAUGCUAGUGACCGUCUCGAAAUUACAGCUGGAGGGGCAGAAAUACCACUAGUGAACAUUGAAGACCUUACAUCGUCUACCUUAUCAGAAGAUUUCAUUAAAAAUCACUAUUUUUGUAUACCUCAACCAGCUGAUGAUACAUCAGACACGUUCAGAUUCUCCGUACUCUCAGAAUUUCUUCAUUCUACAUCAGAUGAACUCAUUGCAUACAAGCAAAAACCUAGACCAGGAUUAGCUACAGGUCAUAAGCGCAUUCAAAAUUUGGAAAACAAUGAAGAAGACAAAGCAACACAAGAAAAUACUGUCACACAGAUAGCUGAAUUGAAAAGCAAUGAAACUGCUAAAGAAUACGAAGCCGAUAGUUUAGAAGCUGUCGAUUCAUUGCCGACAUCAUUCCAGGAGAUAAAAGCAUAUGAUUCUCCUCAGCCCGAGUUAGAAUCUACUGUUGAGCCAAAAAUAAUCAAAUGGGAGUCACAUAGGUCAUUUCAUCGAAGCAGAUAUGAAUACCAAAGGCCAUUUCGUUAUCAUUUGCAAUCAGUAUUAACAAGAAGCGCAGCCAUUAAAACAAGUAGACGAACUAGAGUGGUGUCAUCAACCAAACUCAGUACAGUGUCUUCACAGUUAACAAAUAAAAAAUCUGCUAGAAAAAGUGGAACGUCUAAACCUCGAUCACUUAGUCAUGAUAAAGGUAGAAAAGCAAGACGAAUGGAUAAGUCUACCAGAAGGCAACCUGCGAUAACAAGCUUAUCUAGCAAGCAGAGUAAUGUAAAAAGUACAGGCAAAAGAAGUGGCAGAAUCAGGACAAAACACCGGAGAUAUUUGCAAAAGAAUAAAUCACCCAGAAAAGUUAAGCGUAAUCAAGUGAAACAACCAGAAAAAGCUAUGCAACCACUAAAAAAAUUACAGCGUAAAUCAAACGUUAAUUUAGUGCGUAAAACAUGUGGUAGCUUAAUCUCUCAAUCUGACAUUGAAAACUCAUACCAGAAGCUAAAUAAAUUCAAUUCUGAUAUGAAUCGCCUAUACAAAAUACGACAACAUAUGGAGAAUUCAAAAACGAAACCGUCCAAUUUUACACAAACUAGAAAAACGAAGCUCAAAGACAAAAGUAAUAGUGACAAACGAAAAGCAUACCAGUCGGAAUCAGGUCAUAACAAUUAUGAUAAUACAUAUGACUGUCAAUCAACUGAAAUAACAACAAAGGAAAAAACUAUUCCUUCGACUCAAUGCUUUAAGCUGUAUAAACAUACUGCAAGUAAGAAAGGUAAAAGCGAAGAAAUUGGCCACAGUUCGAGUCAAGCUCAAAAUCAACCACACAACAGAAAGAGAAACAAGUCGCAACAAAAGUCAAUGAAUAAACAAGUUAAAAACAAAAAACAAAAUAAUUACAAAUUGCUGACAGAAGCUAAUGUAAAUCAAAGAGAUGGCGACAAAGUCAACAAUACUGGCUGCUUUAAUGAGAGGUUUGUCCAGAUGAAAAACCAAUUUGGUUUUACUGCCUAUCUAACUGUUAUUCCAUAUGAAAUCGAUGAAAUUGUUCUACCCUUUAGAGCAAAUAAUAAAAUUCACUGUAAACUUAAACAGAUUUAUUCAUUUCUUGGCGGCUUAGACAAGAAAUUACUAGAAGAUAUGCCUGCACAUAUUAAAAGUAACAUAAAAGACGUCAAUGAUGAGAUUGAGAAUACAACGUCUGGUAAUAACAUCAGCUUAAGAAAUCAAAAUCGUUCUGCUUAUCUUGAUGAAGUGAACAACAGAAAAAGAACAAAAAGAAAGUCAAUACUAGUGAACUGUUUCCCAGAAGGUGAUGUAAAGAUGCAAAAUAUUAAGUUAAUACCAGCAAACAAUAAUGCACCGAGUGUUUCAGCAAUUCAAAACACCAAUCUGAGUUAUCCAACUUAUUUACCGAAAAUCAAUGAAAAUACCUCAGAAUUUUGGUAUAAACUUUUAUACACAUGCAAUGAUACUCGACUGUCUAAUAUGAUUGAUGAAUUAAAACAAAUCACUGAUAGGCGCGUAUUUGCUAUUGAAUGCAAAUGUAAGUGUCGUAUUAUACUAGAUGAAAAUACAAUCUAUUCAGUAACUGCUCUUCCAUGUAUGCAGUUACGUAUAGUUUCUAACGAACUGAAAAAUGUACAAAAAGCCCUGAGCGAAUUAGAAAAUCAUUUUCCGAAUGUAUAUAAGCAACUUGUGUUCACUGAGAGAUUUCAUGCGUCAGACAGCAUUGGAUCAAGUAGUAGUCUUCCGAUGACUAAAUCUUUUCUGAUGAAAUCGAUUCCGCAGGGAAUUACAAGGCCGUCAUUGAGUACAAUGCAAAGAUACAUAUCCAUUAUAGAGAAAACAAGACAAAUGCAGAAAACAAAAACACCGUAA